ACUGCUUCAGCUGGGGGAAUCGCCAUUGGUGGUUUUGAAUGGAAUGCUCUUAUAGUGGUCGUCAUUCUGGGAUGGCUCUUUGUGCCCAUCUACAUUAAAGCUGGGGUGAUCACCAUGCCUGAGUACCUGAAGAAGAGGUUUGGAGGACAGCGCAUUCGCAUCUACCUCUCUGUGCUGUCCCUCUUCCUGUAUGUUUUCACUAAGAUCUCAGCAGACAUGUUCUCUGGCGCCAUUUUUAUCAACCAGGCUCUUGGGCUGAAUAUCUACCUUGCUGUUGUCAUGCUACUAUUGAUCACUGCGCUGUACACUGUCACAGGUGGAUUGGCUGCAGUGAUCUACACGGACACCCUACAGACCAUCAUCAUGGUUGUUGGAUCAUUCAUCCUUAUGGGCUUUGCUCUCAAUAAGGUGGGAGGUUAUGAAAGCUUCCAGCUGCGCUACAUGGAGGCGGUCCCUUCUGUAACGACGAACAUCAGUGCGAGCUGCUACGAGCCUCGGGCCGACUCCUUCCAUAUUUUCAGGAACGCGAUUACAGGAGACUUGCCAUGGCCUGGCCUUGUGUUUGGACUCACCAUUCAAGCCACCUGGUACUGGUGCACUGAUCAGGUGAUUGUCCAGCGCUGCCUCUCAGCAAAGAAUUUAUCUCACGUUAAAGCAGGCUGUAUCUUGUGUGGUUACCUGAAGCUGCUGCCCAUGUUCCUCAUGGUUUUCCCCGGGAUGAUCAGCAGGAUACUCUAUACUAAUGAGGUGGCAUGUGUGGAUCCAACUGAAUGUGAAAAAUACUGUGGCGCCAGCGUGGGCUGCACCAACAUAGCUUAUCCCAAACUGGUGGUGGAUCUCAUGCCCAAUGGUCUGCGAGGUCUCAUGCUGUCGGUGAUGCUGGCCUCCCUGAUGAGCUCACUUACCUCCAUCUUCAACAGUGCCAGUACUCUCUUCACAAUGGACAUCUACACUAAGAUUCGGCGCACAUCCAGUGAAAGGGAACUCAUGAUUGCUGGCAGAGUGUUUAUCUUGGCCCUGAUUGGUGUGAGCAUAGCAUGGAUCCCUGUGGUGCAGUCAGCCCAGAGUGGUCAGCUCUUUGACUACAUCCAAUCCAUCACCAGCUACCUCACACCACCUGUUGCAGCUGUCUUCAUGCUCGCCAUCUUCUGCAAACGUGUCAACGAGUCUGGUGCAUUUUAUGGCCUCAUAAUUGGUCUGUUUAUCGGCCUAUCCAGAAUGAUUACUGAGUUCGCUUAUGGGACAGGCAGCUGUGUUAACCCCAGUAACUGUCCCACCAUCAUAUGUGGAGUCCACUACCUCUACUUCUCCAUCAUCCUGUUUGUUGUCUCCUGUGUCAUCAUCCUGGGAAUCUCUCUCGUGACCAAACCCAUCGAGGACAAGCAUUUGUAUCGACUGUGCUGGAGUCUGAGGAACUGUACAGAGGACAGGGUGGACCUUGAACAGGAUGAUUGGAUUGGUACCCAAGAGUCCAACACUAUGGACAUAGAUGAGCCCGCGGAGGAACCCGGCUGCUGCAAGAAGGCAGUGAUGGGCUUCUGCGGCCUGGAACAGCAAAAUGCCCCCGCGUUGAGUGCAGAGGAGCAGGCGGAGCUGCAGAAGAAGCUCACAGACACAUCAGAGAAGCCUCUAUGGAGGAACAUUGUCAACGCCAACGCCAUCAUCCUCCUGUGUGUGGCUGUUUUCUUUCAUGGUUUUUACGGUUAAAGAAACUCAACUGAAGUCAAAUGCACUCAGAUAAAUUAUAUUUAAGUGACAGGAUUUUAUAUGAAUGUAAUUUAUUAACACAACUGUUUCCCCUAUGUAAAUUACCUCAUUGAUGAAGCUGCAGGGUGACUGACACGUAAAAAGUCCACUCACGCUGCACACAGAAUUUGAAAUGUAUUGUUUAUUUUGUGAUGACAGCCCUGAUAAAAUAAUUAAACUUUUCUCAUGGACUUUCCAGUUUACAUGGGACGAGAGAGGGGAUUGACUCUAAUGAAAAUGCCACUUGCACUUGUAACAUAAAAUAGAAAUAGAAAUAGACUUCCCAGUAAUUUCUACCUCAUUCUACAUAAGCCUUUUUUUCUCAGACGUGCUGUCACUUCCUAAUGCAUCUUACUGUCUUAGGUGUUAAUGAAUAAAAAACAUCUCAGGGAGGAAGGGUUGUGAAUAACACAGUUUGAGUCUCUUUGCUUCCCUCUCCUGGUUCAUUGUUGUUCUUGCUGAAAGUUUAAGACUGGUUUGGUCUUUAUUUGAUUUCACAUUCAAUUUCUGGUCAAAUUUGCUCUUACUCUUUUAUAUACUCUGAAAACCACACACAAUCCCUUUUUAAUGUCCUGUAAGUCAUUCCCAUUAUGACUCACUAAUCUCGCUCUUAUCGCUAACUCUGUGGUUAAUGUGCACAAAUGCAGGCCUUGACUAUGUGCACUGCUGUUGAAUGAUUUAUGAUUUCUGCCUUGGACUUAUCUCUUUUAUCUCUGCCUAAUUCUCCAGAAGCUGAAAAUGACUUUAUAUCUGUUUUAAUUGUGCGUCUCACAGUAAUUAUGUUGGCCUAGGUGGUGACUACGUGCAACAAACCACUCUUCUGGCAAUCUUCUGGCUCUCAACAAUCAGAGGAGAAUUAUUUUUGUUUUAGUGUGAGAAUCCAAAAGCCAUCUGUCGGCCAUCGUUACACAGUGAUGAGUAAUGAAGAGACUAUACAUGUUUUGAAUUCUUUGAAAAUUGCAAACAGGUGAUUCUGAUAGAUAUCAAAAGAAGAGA